AUGUAUGGAACCAUUUACGUUUUACUCCAUCGCUCCACCUUCAUAACUGGCUUUACUUUGAAAGAUUUGAAUGUUAAGCUUCUAAGACGAAUUCAGCUAAGGACAAUUGGUGCAAUCAUCUCGUUGAGCGUAAACAAACGAGGAGUCGUCAUGGUCCGCUUUUUGGCGGCGUUUGGAGGGCUAUGCCUGAUGGCAUUGGUCCACUCAGCUGCAGUACCUACACAAGACACCAUGGUGGUUGCCAGGUCCGAUGACACGAUCGCUACGACACCGGCCUCGGUAGCGGAUAUCACAACCGAGGAGUCCAGUCCGCCGAUCAAAAUGACCGAAAUGGAAGUGACAUCGGAAGUAUCGCUACGAUAUGCGCACACGACAGUGGUCGCCCAAGUUCGUAAUCCAGCUAAACGCGCACAGGAGGCACACUUCAGAGUUCUUCUGCCUGAGACCGCCUUCAUUAGUGGAUUCGUUAUGACACUUGAUGGAAAAUCUUACAAGGCAUACGUAAAAGAAAAAGAAGAAGCUAAGAAAAUCUAUACAGAUGCGGUGUCUCAUGGUAUCGCUGCAGCUCAUGUUUCUGCAAAGGCGCGUGAUUCAAACCAUUUCACUGUAUCAGUGAAUGUGGAACCUUCUUCAAACGCAGUCUUCAACCUGACGUAUGAGGAAUUAUUGGUCCGCCGCAAUGGAGUGUAUAACCACGCUAUCAAUCUGCAUCCUGGAGCGUUAGUACCCAAGCUCACUGUCACCGUGCACAUCAAGGAGGCUGAGAAGAUUGUGGAGCUCAGGGUACCAGAGAUCAGAACUGGAAAUGAAAUUGACGCUACGAAAGAUGACGCACAGAACGCAAGAGCAACUAUCGUCAAAGGCCACGACGAUCGGGAAGCUACAAUUACAUUUACACCAGAUUUACAAGAACAGGAGAGAUUAAUUCAGAUAUACACACAAAAAUCGAAAGACUCAGCAGCCGCUUCUCAUUCGUACUCAUCUUUCUCCUACGAUGAUACAAAUUCUAAAGACAACUCUCCUGAGGGUAUACUUGGACAAUUUGUGGUCCAAUACGACGUGGCCAGACCUAAGGAUGGUGAAGUACUGGUUAACGAUGGCUACUUCGUGCAUUUCUUCGCACCCACACAAUCAGACCUCCAGCCUCUGAACAAGCAUGUUGUAUUCGUGCUGGAUACUUCAGGUUCUAUGAUGGACCGUAAGAUUGUACAACUUCGUGAAGCCAUGCAAACUAUCCUCAGCGAGCUCAACGUUGGAGACUACUUCAGUAUUGUAGAAUUUUCGUCAUCUGUUUCCGUACAUGAUCUAAAAGAAGCAGAUGGGGAGCCACCAAAGCGCAUCUACUCUUUCUAUGAUUACUCCGAUCAGACCACGCUAGUGCCUCCAUCACAAGCCACUCCUGAAAACAUCGCCAAGGCUAAACUCAUAGUUAGCUGGCUGCAGGCCUCUGGAGGUACGAAUAUUGGGCGAGCGUUAGACGUCGCCGUAGAGCUUAUCAACAAGGGUGUGGACUGGACUCCAACCACUAUCUCGAAGCCCAACGCUCUUGAAGGAAGCUCUACCAGUUCCGCUGAUAGUGCUAGCAGUACUGCCCCCAGUACUGCUGCUACUGAAGUCAGUAGUGAAAAAGCUGUAGGAGAAAAAAAGUCCUCCAAAAACCUGGAGCCAAUCAUCAUUUUCCUAACCGAUGGCGAUCCAACUGUUGGUCAAACAGACCCUAAGCGUAUCAUCACACAAGUGCAAGAGAAAAAUUCCGGAGAAAACAAGGCUACGAUCUUCUCUCUCGCUUUCGGUGAGGACGCUGACCGCAAGUUCCUUCGCAAGGUCUCGCUCCGUAACGGCGGGUUCAUGAGACAUAUUUAUGAAGCGGCCGACGCUGCUUUGCAGUUGAGGGACUUCUACCGUCAGAUAUCCUCACCACUGCUUGCACAUCUCAAGUUCACAUAUCCAGCUGGACAGGUCAAAUCUGAUUCGUUGACGAAACACGACUUCCGCUCAUUCUACGGUGGUUCAGAGGUGGUAGUGGCAGGGCGCAUUGAUGACUCUGCCGUAGAGAUCACGCCGCAAGUCGUGGCCUUCUGUGGUGUCGACGACGGUUAUGGCAGGAAACGGUACGAGUUACUGCCUAAAGUUCCCGUGGAGAAAAAGAGAACCGAAUAUCUGCCCCUUGAGCGUCUAUGGUCGUAUCUCACGAUCAAACAACUGCUAGACAAAAAAGACGCGGAAGAAGACUCCCCUGCUUCUGAUGAUAAAAACACUCCUGAAAAGAAAGCGCUCGAACUUGCAUUGAAGUAUUCCUUCGUAACCCCGCUCACUUCACUGGUGGUAGUAAAGCCCAACGCUACGAAUGCAGUAGACGCAGAGUCUGUUGACAAAGCAGUUUCCUCCGGUUAUGGCGGUGGACCUCUGUCGACAUCAAAUUUGUUCGCACAAUCAUUGGCAAGCCAUCGCCCUUCCUUUGCAGCAUAUGGUCUAUCAGGUCCCGGUGGUGGUUACGCAGUACCAGCAGCAGCAAUGCCGGGGUCAGCCUCUUUUGCUUCGUACCCUACACUGGGUUCACAACUGGAUUCAUUCCUGGAAAUGGAAGAGGAUAUAGCUGACUAUGGAUCUGCAGGUUUCAGCGGAUUACGACAUUCAAUACCAAGACCUAACGGUGGACAACUGUUUGCAAAAAGACCGAUCAAGAAAGAUUUUAACCGUCCCGAUAGCCUGAGCAUUACGACACCUCACACACUGUUAUUUACGAGCUCUACUCCAGUGUUGGAAAAGUUUCACCUACAAGACUUCCCUUGGUUAGAGUCAUUGAUUGACACGGAUAACAGCACGCUUUUGCUGCCAACCAAUGACACCACUGUUAGCUUGAAGCUUACCAAGGACUCUUCUGCUCCAAAGGAGUCUACCGGUGAUGCGGCGUGUCCGAGCGCCGUAGACGGAGGCGCUGGUGUUUGCGUAUAUCUGACGCGAUGUGAUUCAGCACGACACAUCACUACCGACGUUUAUAGCACUACCUAUUGUACUGUCGACCAAGGAUAUGCCGGCGUAUGCUGUCAGCAAGCGAAGGUUGACUUAGUACACUAA